CACGGGGCAGCGGCAGGCUGCUGUCGUCUCACAGAUAAUGGCCUCCUGACUGCUGCUGAUCUCUGAUGACGAGCCCACCACUGAUAAAGACGCUCUCUCUGCCUCAGAGUGAUGACUACACAAGACAUCCACUACACAGGCUGAAAACUGUGCUGGCAGCCUCUUCAUGGCGUUAGACACAAGAUCAUCUACAGUUUGUUUGGAGGAGAGUUCACGUCCAAAGCCAAAGACUAACUUGUGAAUUUGUUGGCCGCAUGCUGUCAAUGUGCCAACGGCUUUAAAAAAUUCAACAUGGUUGCAGAUGGAGGCUUCCUCACAGAGUAAAGACAGCAGAGGAGGACUAUGGAACAACCCCAGAGCCACCCAGUACAGCAAGGAGACCCAGGAUAUGCUGAGAUUGAUGAUGCAGGAAUCAAGACUCACCAACGUGCAGAGAAAACAGCUCAACAAAAGCCUCAAGAAUGCAGCAGCAUUACAACUGACCUCUGACCCCACAUCAUCAGCUUCCCCCUCUCAGCCUAAAACCAGUAAAUCUGUCCCGAUGUUCCUGCCAGGCAGGACUCAGAAACGCAGCGCUGAAUCUUGUCGCUCUGGGAACAACUACGUCAGAGAAAAGUUCACCCCUGGUCCUAUAAGAGACCUAGAGAAAGAGAAGAGGAGGCUUCAGAGUAUACUGGCAACAGGAAAAGAAGAACUCACAGCUGCAUCUUCCCAAAAAGUUCCCGCAUGUCAGAACCCAGAUGCGUCAGAGGAGAAAGACCGGUAUCAGGAAGUUCUGGAUGAGAUAGAGGAGAGAAGACAGUUUCUGGCAGAUAUGGCCUCUCUGGGUCAGGAGGCGCAGUACAUUGGCAUCAUUAACACGGAGAUAUCUCAGAGGAUCCGAGAACUGCAGCUGCUGGAGAAGGACUACAGUUGUGAGAAGGGUCACUGCCACUGACUGAACAUUGACUUGGAAAUCAGGUGCAAGCAGUGAAACUUCAAAUACAGUUCAGGAAUGGUUUGGAUAUGGAUAUGUGUUUGGUAGUGAUGUCUGCAAAGAGGUUACUGCUGACCGGCUGCACUGUGAUGUCAGGCUGUGAAAGCAUUAAACUUACAAGACACAUGAACUACUUGCAUUAAGUUAUUUUAUUCCUCUGCCUUCCAGUGUCAGUAUUUUUUAUAAUCCUGCUGCUGUUUUCGGACGACGUAUAGCUCAACAGAAACGUGGCGCUACAGAAGCCCUUGGUUCCAGCCGGACAGGAAGACAGGCACAGAGCGGAAACACAGACACGACAGAGAUUACCAUUUAAAAUGGAGGACAAAUAGACAAUCUAACUGACGGAACAGGAACAGAGUGAGUAAACAUACUGACAUUUACAUUAGCUCAAACAAAUGAAGCUUAUCCACAUAUGAAAUUAAAUAAAUGGCACUCGUACAAACAAUAUUAACACGUUUUUUUUUUUU